AUGCUUCCAUCUAAUUCAAACAAUGGGCAUGAUCAUCCUGGUUCAUUAUUGUUUCCCCGGCUACGGCAUCUUGAAUUUGAAGGAUGCCAAUUAUCAGUGGUCUCUGAUUUCCUAACGAAUCUUGACUGUGAGUCCACAUUACGGAGCCUUAAUCUAUCAGGAAGCAGUUUUGAUAGUCUUCCGGCAUGCAUCAGCAAAUUUCGCGAAUUGCAGUCUCUUAAUUUGAGUGGUUGCAAGAGGCUUCGAGACAUUUCAGAACUUCCACCAAAUAUACGAGUUAUAAAGCUGGAUGAUUGCGUAUCGUUGGAAAGAUUUUCAAAAUUGUCAAAUAUACUGGAACAGAAAGACACUCCUGGACGUCUUCGCUGGAUGCACUUGUCUAAUUGCAAUAGACUGAUGGAUAAACUUGGCAUGGACGUGGUGUCGACGAUGGCAAAAGCAUUGCUUAAUCAGCUGGUGCAUGCCGGCUUACAUCAGCAUCUGAACUUCAGAUGCUGGAAUCUUUUUCUUCCAAGCCUCCAGGAAAUUGAAGUUCCAAAUUGGUUUGAUGGGGGUGAGGUGGACACACGUGUGCUUCCUGAUAUAUGUGAAAUUUUGAUAAAAAUCCCUAGGAAUCUGAAGGCUGAGAGAAUAGGAUUGGUUGUCUGUCUUGUUUUUGAACUUACCCAAGAUUUUUCCAGUGGCUUGUCUAAGAUGAGUCAAGCAAUCUCCCAAGAUAAUAGUUGUUCUGUGCGGGUUGUGAUUGAUAAAAAAGUGUGUCAUGGCUCUACUUGGCAAUUUUUUAAAUCAAAAGCGACAGAGUCAUCAGCUCAAGAUCAUGUAUUAGUGCAUCUGACAUGUAUUGCUUUCAAGGAGCUAGAGGUGGUGGAUCUUGUGGUUCGAGUGUCUUAUGCGCCUUUGCACCCUGCCAGAGGGUUGCUCCUAAAAAGUUUCGGGGUCCACCUGGCUAAUAUGAAAGAGGAUCAUGUAAGUGGUGAAGACCUGGCACGAGAAAGAUAUAGGCAGAGCAAUGCUAGCAUUUCUGAUCAGGUGGCUUUGCACACAGAAGGGGCAGCUGUAGCAUCUUUAGUAUCAUAUGACAGCAAUUACGGGGAAGUACACGAUGAUCAUCACAAUGGGGAACAAGAACGAGAACGAGAACAGGAACCUCAUCGUCCAACAAAAAGAUUAAAGACAUGGCAAGACAAAAAAAUAUAG